UUUUCCUCCAUCCGGUGACUGGUUCCCCUUUUCCCUCUCCUAAAGACCAAUCCCCCGCUCGCUCCUCCCCUCCUCGGACCCUCCCCUAACCUCGAUUCCGAUGGCACCCAAGGCCGAGAAGAAGCCGGCGGAGAAGAAGCCUGCUUCGGAGAAGCCGGGGGAGGACAAAGAGAAGAAGACGGUGGCCGAGAAGGCCCCUGCCGAGAAGAAGCCCAAGGCCGAGAAGCGUCUCCCAUCGAAGGAGGGGGCCGCUGGCGACAAGAAGAAGAGGAAGAAAGCGAAGAAGAGCAGCGAGACGUACAAGAUCUACAUCUUCAAGGUGUUGAAGCAGGUCCACCCGGACAUCGGGAUCUCCAGCAAGGCUAUGGGCAUCAUGAAUUCCUUCAUCAACGAUAUCUUUGAGAAGCUCGCCCAGGAGGCUUCUCGCCUCGCCCGCUACAACAAGAAGCCAACCAUCACCUCCCGGGAGAUUCAGACCUCCGUCCGCCUCGUCCUCCCCGGCGAGCUCGCCAAGCACGCCGUCUCCGAGGGUACCAAGGCCGUCACCAAGUUCACUAGUUCUUGAAUGAUCUUUGUUUGGGUCUGCUGGCUUCGUCUGGAUCCUAUCUGGGAAUUUAGGGUUAUGCUUGGGUGCUUCUUUGCCCCUUCUGCCUUCUUUUUUUUUUGUUAUCCUUUAUAUCUUUUCCUUUUUUAUUUUGUUUGAAGUUGAAUAGUCUGAUGUAAAAUUCCUAUCUCUGAUCUGGAAAUUUGAAGUUAGAUCUUCUUAGACGUUCCAUCUUGAA